UGUGUGUGUUUUAUAAUAUGGAUCAACAACUAGUGACAAGAACUGACUGCGAUAUAGUCCUAAAAAAAUCCGUAAACUCUGACCAGUUCGAGGUGGUCAAUUUUAAAUUGAAGCCCUUCGAGGACAAGGAAAGGGAAUAUUACAAAGCGGAUUGUGUUUUAGAGGUCAGUGCUAAGAUAUCUAAAAAUAUCACCAGGUAUCGAUUCUUUUUAAAAAAGUUCACCACCAAAUAUGCAGCCUUAAAUGAACUAUUUGAAGAAAUCAAAACUUCUGAACGUGAAAUUCUAUUUUACGAACGCCUCUUGCCAUUGCUUGAAAAUGGUCUAGAAAACUAUCAAGCGGAUUUCGUUCCAGCAUUUUUCCAUGCCAAACUCAACCAUAUAAUGAUACUGGAAGACAUGUCAUUGAAAUACUUCACUGUAGCCAAAAAAUCCAACCCUCAUUUACUGGACAGAUUCCAUUUGAAUUUAGCAUUAAAUGCUGUUGCCAAGUUGCAUGCAGGUUCAUGGGCUUAUGAAGAAAAGCACAGAAAUGCUUAUGCACAAGACUUACUUUGUCAGGAACUUAUUUGGACCGAAAAUAAUGAAGUAAUUCAAUCUGGCAUUAAAGGUUUAAAAACGUUGCUUAACGAAUACAAACAAACAGAUUUGAAUCAGGAUAUUGAUAAGCUCACUGAUAGGGUAUUUGAAAUAAUGAAAUUUCAAACUAAAUUCAGAAACGUUUUGGGACAUGGCAAUCUUCAUGCUAGAAAUAUGCUUUUCAAAUACGACAAAAGCAACGUUGCAAAAUGUGUUCUGAUAAAUUUUGGAUUUUGCAAAUACUUCUUGCCCGCCUACGACGUAUUGACUCUCAUUUUUAAUUGCUCCAACAAAUUGUUUCGUCAACAUUACUUCACUUACCUGGUAAAAUAUUAUUACGACAUCCUCCAACAAGAACUAUCAAAAGAAAACUUAUCUGUAGAACAAUUCAUAAGUUUUGACGACUUCCAACAAACCAUCAACUAUCUAAUGCCAGCAAUAAAAUUACAAACCAUUCUGCAUUUGCAAGACUUUGGUGCCAAAUCAGGCUUUUACAAGCAUCUACAAAAAGACGAAACCGCCUAUAGAAUGUAUUUGUACCAAGACAAGUCGUUUUUUCUGUUGGAACUCUACAAAAAGGAUCCAAUUUUCAAAGACAUGAUCAAUGAGGCUUUGGAAGAGCUCAUUGAAACUUUGACAGUGCCCCAAGUGAGCAGGGAAAAUUGCUACGAGAUUCUGGAAAGGCAGGUUGAAACGAUUUACGUUUUAGAUAGUUUCAAAUUGGUGCCAACUGGUGAUGAUAAGGAUUUGUUCGAGCUUAUUUUGGAGGUAUCUGAUGGACAGAAAAAUGAAACUGUGAAUAAUUAUAAGUAUUUAGUGCAAUGUGGGACUGAUAAUUUUUUUAAAGUACAAAAUCAUGUGAUUGAAUGAUUUUGGGAAGUAAAAACGGCUUCAUGAGAAUGUAAUUAAAUAAUAAAUUAUUCAGCAAG